UGUCAUGCAGAUGUGGCCUCUGUUGCCACAUCCGCUCCUCCGCCACAGGUUCCACUCCACUCCACGGAAGCGCAGGGCCAUGGCGGCGGCGGCGGCUCCGGCGCCGAAACCCCCAACCCCUCGCGGCCACCACCACCACUCGACCAUUCCCAGCCGCCACCUCCACGUGGCCCGCUGCUUCCCCGACCCGGCCACCAAAGCCCCUUCCCCAAACCCCAACCCGCUGCUCUCCCUCCUCUCCGCGGUGCCCGACUGGGCCGACUCCGUCAAGGAGCGCCGCGUCCGCGACCGCCGCCCGCUCUACAACCACGCCUCCUGGCGCGACCACCGCAGCUCUCGCCGCCACCUGCGCCACCUCCUCUCCUCCCUCUCCUCCCGCGUCAUCCUCUCCCUCGUGCCUCCCGUCUCCGCCUUCACCGCCUUCGCCACCGCCAUCGCCACCUACAACACGCUCCUCCCCGCCUACGCGCUCACCGCGUCCCCGCUCCCAUACCAGCUCACCGCACCCGCGCUCGCGCUCCUCCUCGUCUUCCGCACGGAGGCCUCCUACGCGCGCUUCGACGAGGGGCGGAAGGCGUGGAUGCGCGUGCUCGCCGGCGCCGCGGACCUCGCUGGGAUGGUCAUGCAUCAUCCUUCUCAUCGCGGCGGAGCACACGGUGACGACGAACCGGUUAGGCGCGCGCUCCUCAAUUACAUCCUCGCCUUCCCCGUCGCGCUCAAGUGUCACAUAAUUAGUGACUCGGACGUAAAAGAGGACCUUCAGGGUUUACUUGCAGAAGAUGACUUGAAUGUUGUUCUGGGAUCGAAACACCGGCCCCGCUGUAUUAUUGAGUUCAUUUCACAAAGCCUUCAAAUGAUAGAUUUUGACGAAGAGAAGCGGAGCAUCAUGGAGUCUAAACUGUCUUGUUUUCUUGAAGGAAUUGGUGUUUGUGAGCAGCUCAUCGGGAUCCCUAUUCCUCUGUCGUACACUAGGCUUACUUCAAGAUUUCUUGUUCUGUGGCAUCUUACACUUCCAGUGAUACUCUGGGAUGAAUGUAAAUGGAUUGUUGUCCCGGCUACUUUUGUCAGUGCUGCCUCAUUGUUCUGCAUUGAGGAAGUUGGUGUUCUUAUUGAGGAACCAUUCCCCAUGCUAGCUCUUGACGCAUUGUGCAAGCAGCUCCACGAUGGCAUGAAGGAUAUGAUGGCAGUGCAGAACUCGGUUCACACACGACUAGUCUCCAAGACUAAGGGCCAUGGAGGCAGUAGAUGCCCAGAAAAUGGCUGGCCUAGCUCCAAAAGGGAAGAAGUGAAGAUUGAUUGAGCAGGUUGUGAAUAAUACAAGGAUGGCAUCGCAAGCAAUCCAGGCGCAUUGCUAUAUCGAUUAAUUAGAGAUGGUGUGUAUCAUACCUCCAUGGUCGUGUGGCUCAGUUCCUGGUAUGGUAUAUCCUAUGUAAAUCCGUUGUAUGUGAUAGCUUUGGAGGUGGGAAAUUAAAGCUGAGCUGAGAUUGGUGGUCUAGAGCAGAGUUGGACUAGAGUAGAAUAAAGUGAGGAACUGUGCUAGUGUAGUGUAGUGUAGUGUACUUCCGUCGAGUAGGUAAGGUACCAUGCAAGAAGAAGUACUCAUGCACAAAGACGGUGAGAAGACCAGAUUCUGUAUAAACAAACACAAAGCUCCUAGCUGUUGUAUAUAGUUUUGAUGAGCUAUCUAUCUGCUUAGAUUACUAUG